AGAAAUGAUACCCAAUUUGUUUUGCUGUUAUAUUCAGUUGUGAAGCUAUUUACGAAAACACUUAGGUCAAAUAAACAUCCUCUCUUCUAAACCACAAAAUUUAUGUUUCUAUCUUUAGCCUUACUUAAUGUUUCCCUGGUCAAGGUUUUGCAAAACUAAGUAAUGGUAGCCAGAACAAUCCCCUCAACUUCCCAUUUGGACUCAAAUUUUCUUAUUCUAUUAUCUAAACACUUGAAGCUUUCAAACUGUACAUAAAAAAAAAAGAAAGAAAGAAGAAAGGAAGAGAAAGAAAAAAAAAACAAAUUUACCAGUUAAAUAGAAAACUUUUACAUAAAUUGCAAAUGAAGUUUUAUAAAGUAAAAUACAGUUCCUGAAAUUAAAUACUGAUAAGAAUGACAUUAUUUUGCCACUUUCAACAUGAGGAUGGUAUGACCUGGUUCUAGUGAAUUAGGCAUACCCUAAUUGUCCUUUGCUUCAUGCUGACAUGACCUAAAUCACCUUUAAUAUUAUCCAUUUCCAGUAAUACGAAACGUUCAUUUAGUGAAGGUCAUUUGACCUUCAUUUGGCACUAUGCGUUAAGUUCCUUGCUGUUAUUUUCUUAUUUGUCCACAACAAUUAAAAUAGUACAACUUGGGGCGCCUGGGUGGCUCAGUCGUUAAGCGUCUGCCUUCGGCUCGGGUCGUGAUCCCAGGGUCCUGGGAUCGAGCCCCGCAUCGGGCUCCCUGCUCCGCGGGAGGCCUGCUUCUCCCUCUCCCACUCCCCCUGCUUGUGUUCCCGCUCUCGCUAUCUCUGUCUCUGUCAAAUAAAUAAAUAAAUAAACUCUUUAAAAAAAAAAAAGAUUUAAAAAAAAAUAAAAAUAAAAAAUAAAAUAGUACAACUUGUUGCCAGUGCAAUCAUAAACACAAAUAGAUAUCGCUACUGACUCUUGACUCCUGGCUGGCGAUGAGUUGCAACGGAGGAAGAAUCCCCAAGAGACACGAACUGGUGAAGGGGUUGAAGAAGAUGGAGAAGGUUGACCAAGAUGCUGAAUUAGUGGCCCAAUGGAACUAUUGUACUCUAAGUCAAGAAAUAUUAAGGCGACCAAUAGUUGCCUGUGAACUUGGCGGACUUUAUAACAAAGAUGCCGUCAUUGAGUUUCUAUGGGACAAAUCUUCUGAAAAGGCUCUUGGGAAGGCAGCAUCUCACAUUAAAAGCAUUAAAAAUGUGACAGAACUAAGGCUUUCUGAUAAUCCUGCCUGGGACGGGGACAAAGAAAACACAAAAGGUGACAAACACGAUGACGUCCAGCGGGCACGUUUCAUCUGCCCCGUUGUGGGCUUGGAGAUGAAUGGCCCGCACAGGUUUUGCUUCCUGCGGUGCUGUGGUUGUGUGUUUUCUGAACGAGCCUUGAAAGAGAUAAAAGCAGAAGUUUGUCACACACGUGGGGCUGCCUUCCAGGAGGACUACGUCAUCGUGCUCAACGGCACCGAGGAGGACGUGGAAACGCUGAAGAGGAGGAUGGAGGAGAGGAGGCUGAGGGCGAGGCUGGGGAAGAAAGCAAAGAAACCCAAGGCGGCAGAGUCUGUCUCAAAGCCAGGUGUCAGCGAAGAAUCCCCAGGGCCAUCAAAAAUUAAGACGGGGAAGCCUGAAGAAACCAGCCUUGAUUCUAGAGAGAAGAAAGGCAACUCAGCUCCCAAAAGUGCAGCAGCAAAUGGGAGCUCUUCUGGAAAAGUCGGGAAGCCUCUGCGUGGAACCACAAAGAGGUCCAUUGCCGAGGAAGAAUCGGAAGUUUACAAGUCCCUUUUCACGACUCACAGCUCCGCCAAGCGCUCCAAGGAGGAGUCCGCCCACUGGGUCACCCGCGCGUCCUACUGUUUCCGAAGCCCGUGCCCCGCUCCACGCCGCGCAGGCGCCUCGGGUUUCCGCGGGGCAGGUGGCGUGGGCGUUACUGUGCCCUGUUCCCUGCUAGCUCUCCCUUGGCGCCGAGCUGUAAAGUCGUCCUCCCAACCUCGGAGCUGGUGUGGUCGCUUGUGCUUGUGAGGCGCGUGGGUUCCCGAGGGGACGUGCAGGCCCUGCCCGCCCCCUCCC